AUGGCACCCUCUCGGGCACCCAGCACUCUGUUGCUUCACUCGUUAAGAUCCUUGACCAUCGAGAAGCCGAGUUCAGCAUCAGGGUCCUUCUUCCGAGCCAUCUCAACCAGCCCUUCAAAUCUUCAAGAUGCCGAAGUCCAGAAGACCUCAUAUUAUCGAAACCCCGACCCUAUCAAUGUCUAUGUGCCUCGACUUGAGCGAAAGCUUGUCAGAGCCGGAACGCGACUAAUUGGCUCGCGACGACGAAGAGCAGCGAUUGCAAAGUCGCCUGGAAUUGCAUUCGAUCAACUACCCUACCAAUGUUUCCAGGAGGCCCGCAACAUACUGAUCGCGGAUCGAGAAGAGAAGGUCAACAAGAUCGAACUGGAAAGGUCGCGUAUUGCGAGACUGCAAGCCGUUGAUCCAGCCACCUUCCCUGGGGGCGAGGCAUACAAACAAAAAAGGUUGAGAAGCAUGGAGGCGGAACUGGAGAGGCUCAAGAUCCUGGCCGAUGUCAAUGAUCCAAACGUGAAGAGACGGUUCGAGGAUGGCAAUGGCGACAUGAACAAACCGAUAUACAGAUACCUCGCUGAACGAAAGUGGCAGGAGUAUGCACGAAAAGUCCAGGUGCAGAGAAUCACGCAGAUGAACGUGAUACCCGACGUGGUCCCAGCGGUCGAUCCUAUCUUGGAUAUCAAGGUCGCAUUUGGCAGGCGCGUCUUUCCACCAGGCGACUAUGUUCCAUCUCGAAUCAGCGAAGAGCCUCCUCGAUUGACGCUUCAGGCAUUCGAGAAGGGCGACAAAGUAGUCACCGUGGCUGUCGUCGACCCAGAUGUGCCGAACGUUGAAACCGAUAGCUUUGACUCAAGAUGCCACUUCCUAGCCUCCAACAUAACCAUAUCCCCCACACAAGCUGUUUUUGAUUUGGCCAAGCUCGCAAGCGACACCCAGGUACUGCUACCAUGGCUCCCUCCCCACGCCCAGAAGGGCAGUCCGUAUCAUCGGCUUUCAAUUAUCGUGUUGCAACAAAAGGACAACAUCCCCAUCGACGUGGCAGCCGCAGCAAAGAUGGUCCAACGAGAUGGUUUCUCGGUGCGAAGGUUCAUGAGCCGCCACCUCCUCAAGCCAAUUUCCGCAUCCUUAUUCCGAACCAUCUGGGACGAAAAUACGGCCACCGUGAUGGCCAAGGCUGGUCUCGGAGGUGCUGAUAUCGAGUUGAAGAGGAAGAAGGUGGAGCCCUUGCCUUACAAGCGGCGCAAUCCCUCCAGCUUUAGGUAG